AUGGAGAAAUUGACUACGUCGACUAUCGUCGACUGGGAUUCUGCAGACGACCCAAACAAUCCCAUGAACUGGUCAAAGAACAAGAAAUGGUCUACAAUCGCUCUGGUCGCAUACAUUACCUUUGUUACGUCCUUUGGAUCCACGAUAUUUGCACCCGGCGUCCCUCAGUUGUUGAGAGACUUUCACAACACCAAUGAGGAGCUUGCAAGCUUCAUCGUCUCCAUCUACAUUCUCGGAUUCUGCGUUGGUCCCCUGUUCCUUGCGCCGCUCGGUGAAAUAUACGGUCGCUUCCCAGUGUACUAUGUUGCCAACAUCCUGUUCCUCAUAUUUUCCGUCGCGUGCGCAGUGAGCACGGGUAUGGGGAUGUUCGUGUUUUUUCGUCUCUGCCAGGGAAUCUCCGCUUGCCCUCCACUGGUUCUCGGCGGUGGAACUAUCUCAGAUUUGAUGGUGCCAGUCGAGCGGGGAAAAGCAUUAACAAUCUGGGCAAUGGGGCCGCUACUAGGACCUGUUGUUGGCCCGGUCAUUGGUGGAUUCAUGGCACAGGAAAUCGGAUGGCGAUGGACGUUCUGGUUCACUGCAAUCAUGACGGGAGUUGGAAUCAUAGCGACGCAUUUCAUCCUGCGAGAAACGUACGCGCCAGUUCUACUUGAGAAGAAAGCUGCAAACCUCCGAAAGAAAACAGGCGAUCCCAAUCACAAGUCCAAGUUCGAUAAGGGCUUCACCCGCAUUCAGUACUUCAAGCUUGCUAUCAUUCGGCCCACUAAGAUGUUGUUCUUCUCGCCCAUCGUUGCUAUCCUAGCAAUCGACAUGUCCAUCAUCUACAGCUACCUUUAUUUCUUGUUCACAACCUUUGGCUUCGUCUUCCAGGAACAGUACGGUUUCAACGCCGGGGAAGUAGGUCUCGCUUAUCUAGGCUUAGGUGUUGGAUUUGUCCUCGGACAGUUUGGUGUCGGAAGCAUGGCGGACAAAUACUACAAGAAGAAGGCAGCUGAAGGACCAACAAAACCAGAACAUCGACUUCCACCGUUGAUUGUCGGUGCCUUCCUGAUCCCGAUUGGUCUCAUCUGGUAUGGAUGGUCAGCCAAGUACGCAGUACACUGGAUUGUGCCCAUCAUUGGUACAUCAUUCAUCGGCUUCGGUAUUAUGUGUGCUUUCUUGCCAAUUCAGAUGUACCUUAUCGAUACCUUUGGUAUGUACGCAGCAAGUGCACUGGCUACCAAUACUGUAGUCAGGUCGCUGUUUGGGGCAGUAUUACCAUUGGCCGGACGACGGCUGUAUGCGGAUCUAGGAUUGGGCUGGGGCAACACGUUAUUGGCUUUCAUCGCUCUUGCUUUGUCGCCAGUGCCGUUCCUAUUGCUCAAGUACGGCGAAAAGAUUCGUACUCAUCCUAAAUUCCAAGUCACUCUAUAAGCGUGGCAGAGCUUUGUCCUCUGCUCUUGCGACGGCCUGCUUGAUGAGAGGAUUCAAAAAGCACUGAAGCAGUGGGUUAUGAUGAGAUUCGCGC